GGCGCGUCAGGACUGCAUCCGGGUCGGGAGGUGUGCUCGGAGGCGCGCGGGCCUUUCCAGAGGACAGCGGGGCUGCGAGGGGAAUGAAGGAUGGCAGCGCGCCGUGUGUUAAAAGCUGUUUUGGUAGAUCUCAAUGGUACACUUCACAUUGAAGAUGCAGCUGUGCCAGGCGCACAGGAAGCUCUUAAAAGGUUGCGUGCCGCUUCUGUGAUGGUUCGCUUUGUGACCAAUACAACUAAAGAGAGCAAGAAAGACCUGCUGGAAAGACUGAAAAAACUGGAGUUUGAUAUCUCCGAAGAUGAAAUAUUUACUUCUCUGACAGCAGCCCGAAACUUAAUAGAGCAGAAACAAGUCAGGCCCAUGCUACUGGUUGAUGAUCGUGCACUGCCUGAGUUCACAGGAGUUCAGACCCACGAUCCCAACGCUGUGGUUGUAGGACUGGCACCAGAGCACUUUCAUUACCAGCUUCUGAAUCAAGCAUUCCGGCUACUCCUGGAUGGAGCCCCUCUGAUAGCUAUCCACAAGGCCAGGUACUACAAGAGAAAAGAUGGCUUAGCCCUGGGACCAGGACCAUUUGUGACUGCCUUAGAGUAUGCCACAGACACGAAAGCUGUAGUAGUGGGGAAACCAGAGAAGACAUUCUUUCUGGAAGCAUUGAGAGACACUGACUGUGCACCCGAGGAGGCCAUCAUGAUAGGAGAUGAUUGCAGGGAUGACGUUGGCGGGGCUCAGAGCAUCGGCAUGCUGGGCAUCUUAGUUAAAACUGGGAAAUACAAAGCAGCAGAUGAAGAAAAAAUUAAUCCACCUCCCUACUUAACUUGCGAGAGCUUCCCUCACGCUGUGGACCACAUUCUGCAGCAUCUCCUGUGAACCAGCAUGUGUUGUCUGGACUGGAUGGAUCCCUUUCUGACAAGGUGGCAUCAGUAGGCUGCACCAUCCAGUGCUGACCCUUUUAACCCUUUCAUUGUGCAUUAAUUAGAAAGAGGGGUAUUGAACUGCAGCCAGCCCUAAACCUUGCUAAUCUCUUUUGUUUUAUAAAAGAAGAUGAGAUCUGAAGAAAGGGGGAGCUGAGAUUGUGUGCCAUUCUGUUAAAAUGUGCAUCAGGUUCACUGGGCUGGGAGGAGACACUCCUGCUGCCAUAAAGGAACAGUAGUUCUCCAUUUCUCUAUGAUGGAGAUGAGGGGUCCUCUGUGCAGAUGACUGGCUCACAGAGAUGCACUGAGAGAUGGGAUGGAGAUGAGGGGUCCUCUGUGCAGAUGACUGGCUCACAGAGAUGCACUGAGAGGUGCAUUAGGCUGCCAUCAAGAUGCCAGAGUUCAGCUGUGGAGCCCAGCAGACAAACCACGGAGAAGCAAGAGACAGCAGCUGAGAUCCCGUGAAGUUGCUUUAACAGAUGUGGAAAGCCAGAUCUUCCACUGUAUUCCCAGCGCAGAUGACUUUUUUCUCUUCAUUAGCCAGAGAUGACUAAUUUAAAUUUAGAACCCGGAUUUAAUUUAAAAUAAUAUUUCCAUUAAUAACCUAUUCAUUGCAGAUACCUAUUAUACUGUGUAACAGUUGUUUUGGAAAUUUUAUGUAAAAUUAAAACUAUCAGUAUUUUACAGAUGUUUUAAUUAGACAUUGUUAUUAACAGGAACAGUGCAGAAACCAAAAUCAAGCCUUUAAUGUCUUAUAGACCGUGCAUUUUUGAAGUUAGUGUCCACUAGGGACCUAUUAACUGUACAUUUGCAAGAUUUCAUUAUUUUUGCCUCUGACACUAUGGGAGAAAUCUUUUAGGAACUAUUGGGACAGAUUCAAGCUUUUAUGUACUUCUUACUACAGUUGUAAAAUGAGA